GGACAACAUGCUAUAAGUACUUCCACAAUAACUUCCUGCUUUUUUUUAAAAUCGUGUUUAUUAAUGCAAACGUUUAUGUCAGAGUAGUCGAAUUCAGCCUCAUUAACUUUGCUUGUUCUGCAAGGGUACUUGAUAGCUAGUUUCAGGUUUGAUAUUAUCAUUUAAAGGAGAUACAUCUCCAUAGUUGAAUAGGUUGUUAAUGGGCAUUUCCAUAAUUUUGCAAAGCUAAAGUUAUAAUUUAUUCUAAACAUAACUCAAUAGGCAUUUCCCCCAACUGUCCACUACACGCGCACGUUCCUCUUGGGUGGACUUCAUCGCGCGCUUGAAGUCCGUUCCCAAAGCUUUCCGGACUAGGCGCGCGCUCACUUUUUUUUUUUUCAAUUGCUCGAGGUUUUUCUCUGUGCGCCCUGCGACACACCGGACACCACAGACACUCACAUCGGGACACCCGUAUUCCCCGGAAUAAAGACUUUUUUUCGUCAGGGUUCGGUGACAGCUUGCUUCCCAUUGUCCUAUCAUUCCUGCUCCACUCACCCUCUGCAUCCUGUGAGGCUUCCUGCUAGUGAGGGAGCGAGGCAGAGAGUAGAAAAAGAAAGUGGUGAUGGUGAUUGACAGAUGAUCUGGUAGAGGACGACAUCAGACACUGUCUCCGUGCUGGUUAUUAUGGGGUGUGCCUGUUGCAAGCAGAAGAAGGCAGCCAAAGCAGCAGAAUCCGCAGGAGUAGAUGCUACAGAUCUGUCUCUUAGCAACGCAGAUGGAGGGUUGUCCGCGGCCUUGACUCAGGGCCGUUACUGUCCCGACCCGACGCAGAUCAUCCCGGACUUCAACAAGGGCUUCGCCUCCAGUGCCAUCUUCCCCAACACCAACGCACACCAGCGGCCGGGAGGCCUCACAAGUUGUGGAGUCACUCUCUUUAUAGCUCUGUAUGACUAUGACGCUCGCACUGAAGAUGACCUCACUUUUCAGAAAGGAGAGAAAUUCCAGAUCAUCAAUAACACAGAGGGUGACUGGUGGGAGGCUCGCUCUUUGGACACAGGCCACUCAGGUUACAUCCCCUCCAACUACGUAGCUCCUGUCGACUCUAUACAGGCAGAAGAGUGGUAUUUUGGGAAGAUGGGGAGGAAGGAUGCGGAGAGACAACUGCUGGGCCAAGGCAACCAGAGGGGGACUUUCCUCAUACGAGAGAGUGAGACCACCAAGGGUGCUUACUCUCUGUCUAUCCGUGACUGGGACGACAACAAGGGAGACCACGUCAAGCAUUAUAAGAUCCGUAAACUAGACAGUGGAGGAUACUACAUCACCACCAGAUCACAGUUUGACACGGUGCAGGAGCUGGUCGAGCACUACACAGAGAGAGCGGCAGGCCUGUGCUGCCGUCUGAUUGGCAGCUGUAAGCGGGGCAUGCCUAAACUGGCCGAUUUAUCUGUGAAGACCAAGGAUAUGUGGGAGAUUCCCCGUGAAUCCCUCCAGCUGAUUAAGAAACUGGGCAACGGCCAGUUUGGAGAAGUCUGGAUGGGCUCUAAUGAUGGGCUGUGUUAUUACCUGACACAUUCCUGUCCAAACUCCACCCCUCUCACCAUGGGACUCGGGCGGGACGCCUGGGAAGUGAACAGGGAUACGCUGUCCAUGGAAAGGAAGCUGGGGCAAGGUUGCUUCGGCGACGUUUGGAUGGGCAUGUGGAACGGCACCACCAAGGUAGCGGUGAAGACUCUGAAGCCAGGGACCAUGUCCCCUGAGGCCUUCCUGGAGGAGGCUCAGAUCAUGAAGAGACUCCGCCACGACAAGCUGGUGCAGCUCUACGCCGUCGUGUCAGAGGAGCCCAUCUACAUUAUCACAGAGUUCAUGAGCCAAGGAAGUUUAUUGGACUUCUUGAAAGACGGGGAGGGUCAGAGUCUUAAGCUGCCUCAGCUGGUGGACAUGGCUGCACAGAUUGCAGCUGGAAUGGCGUACAUUGAGAGGAUGAACUACAUCCAUCGUGACCUGCGAGCGGCCAACAUCCUCGUUGGAGAAAAUCUGGUGUGUAAGAUUGCUGACUUCGGCCUGGCUAGGCUCAUCGAGGACAACGAGUACACGGCCCGACAAGGGGCGAAGUUCCCCAUCAAGUGGACGGCUCCUGAAGCGGCGUUGUACGGACGCUUCACCAUCAAGUCAGAUGUCUGGAGCUUUGGCAUCCUGCUGACUGAACUCAUCACAAAGGGACGUGUGCCGUACCCAGGCAUGAACAACCGUGAGGUGUUGGAGCAGGUGGAGCGGGGCUACAGGAUGCCCUGCGCCCCAGGCUGCCCCGGCUCGCUCCAUGAACUGAUGGUGCAGUGCUGGAGGCGUGAGGCCGAUGAGAGGCACACCUUCGAGUACCUGCAGUCCUUCCUGGAGGAUUACUUCACCGCCACAGAGCCGCAGUACCAGCCCGGAGAAAACCUGUGACCCCACAACGCGUAGGACAGAUGUGGAGCAAUAAACGGACAAACAGAGAGACAGACAGAUGUGGAUGUAUUACAUGCAGAUACACUGAUAUGCCUUCAUUGUAUUUGUUCCACACUUAUUGUACAUGCACACAUAUUAAGAUACAUAUCAUUGCCUUGUUUCAUUGUUUUAAAGACAGUUUCCUCCUUUUUGAUUAUUGAUCACUGCAGCCCAUUCAGGAACAAUCAGCCAACCACGUUGCAGAGUCGGAGCUCUGCUGAUCAGGCCUCGCAGUAAUGUUGCUUUACUCUGUAACCAUGACAACAAGGAACAGAAAGAAGAAGUAGCUGGUUGGGGGGGGGGGGAGUCGAGGUGGUACAUGAUGUGUUCAGUUGCCAUAUAUGUGCAGAUCCUUCUGAUUCCUCUAAAGAAACAUUUAGCAGGGCAACUGUUGUUGAUAAAUAUAUGGAUCCAUAAAAGGUGCAUCAGGUUUCAGAAAACAGUAAACGAACCCUGUGACAUGGGACGUAGAGCGGCAAAAGAUUUGUCCAUCAAAAAAUAACUAAUUGCCAUUUAUUCUACUAAUCAAUAAAUCAUAAUUUUAGAAAAUGCUGUUUUCAGACUCUCAAGUAUAUAGACGUUCUGCUUUUCUCAGUUUUAUAUCAUGUUAAAAUGAAUAUUUUUCAGUUUGGGAAAAACAGUCUAUCAAUCUGCCAGUCUCACACUCUGCCUGUCUCACACUCAGUCUUUCUCACAAUCAGCCAGACAUUGAAAUACUUCACCUUGGACAGUGAAAAACUGUGAUGGACAUUUUUUUGUUACUAUUGUGACAUUAAAAUAAUAAACAUAUAAAUCGAAAAUAAAGUCUUAAGUUACUGCACUAUUGUAAGGUAGCUUGUGUACAGACAUUUAAGAUUAGAUAGAAUCGGAGGAUGAAAACCUCUUUAUUUGUCACAUACAUGCACACAGCAGAGCACACACAGUGAAAUUGGUCCUCUGCAUUAACCCAUCCUAGUACUAGGAGCAGUGGGCAGCUAUUGUGCAGCACCCGGGGAGCAAUGGGGAGGGGGGGAUUGGAGGUGUCCGGUGCCUUGCUCAAGGGCACCACAGCAGGGCCUAGGAGGUGAACUGGGACCUCUCCAAGAUUAAAUCAUAUUCCUCCUCAUACAGUAAUCUGACACACAAAUAAAAAUGCUUUUGAACUAAUCCAUGUGAAUCUCCUCAAAGAGGGAACUGAUUUUCAACUUUGUGUGCCUUAAAGUGGUCAAAAUAAGGGCUGUAUUUGAUAUUUAAUACUAUGUUAGUAAAGUCUGAGAGGAGAGGUGGUAAGGAAUGCUUUUUGUUUGUUUGAUCAUUUCUAUGACAAUUUUGUAAGAAAUGUCUCUUUUGCUGUUUUAAUUUAACGCAGAUAGGUCUGUGCAUCACAUAGUUUUUACUUUUAUAUCUAGUUAACAUGUAGAUUUCAUCCAUUGGGAGGGCAGAAUGAAAUGUUACACACAAAGGGAAUGAUCAAUGUCAGUGUACCCUGGACAGACAAGUUUUCAAAUAUGUUAUUUGACAAGAGUGUAACCUUUUUUUGAUUUUAUGAGAUGCCCCAUGUUAUUGUAAUAAAGAUCAAAUAUCUUUA